UUGUUUUGGUUUUGAAUCUGUGCGUCUCCUAUUUCUUUGUCUUGUUUUUUCUUCUUUCUUUCUCUCUCUCUCUCUCUCACCACUCUCCUUAUCAGCUCCAUGUGAUUGUUUGCAACUUGUAACUUGAUUUUGCGUUAAUCGAUUUCGGUGAAAUUUUCACUCUCUGUCUUGCCCUAACCUCACUCGUCUCCUUUUAGUACUAAGGCACCUACGAUUUUCUUAUAAAAAACUCAUUGCUAUUUUCACCCUCACGUACCAGCUACCUAGUAAACCUAAUAAAACUUCUCUGCAUAACUGUAUAUAUACUUUCCUCUGUCCACUUUCUCACUUUUAACGCCCUUCCUUGCACUACAUGUACACUCAGUUUCAUGCAAAUGGGUGCUACAAUAAAAGUAAGCGAUUACAAAACAGAUCAUGCUUUAGCAGGAGCUAUAAGUAGUUUUUUAACACGAUUCAUUUGUCAACCUUUAGAUGUUGUAAAAAUUAGAUUUCAGCUACAAGUUGAACCUAUUGAGAACAAGCUUGUCAGCAAAUAUCAUUCCAUAGCACAAACAUUUUUCUUGAUAUUUAAAGAAGAAGGAAUUUGUGCACUUUGGAAAGGACAUGUACCUGCUCAAUUUCUUUCAAUCACAUAUGGGGCAAGUCAGUUUCAAGCUUAUCAUAUACUUAUGAAAGCUUCUGAAAACUUUCCACAAUGUGAGAACUGGAAAUUUUCAACAAAAUUUAUAGCAGGCGCAGGUGCAGGUUGUGUAGCUACAAUUACAUCAUUUCCUUUUGAUACUAUAAGGACUAGAUUUGUGGCACAAUCAAGUAACUAUCCAGUCUAUAAGGGAAUUAAACAUUCUUUGAGUUGUAUUCUUCAACAGGAAUCUCCAAGAACAUUUUUUAAAGGUUUAUUUCCAACUUUAUUACAAAUUGUACCACAUAGUGGUUUGCAAUUUGCAUUUUAUGGGUUUUUCACUGAUUUGUAUAGAAGAUGUAGCAAUGAAACAAGUAAUAAAAAUAUAAGUUUCUAUAAUUCUAUGAUAUCUGGCAGUAUGGCAGGUCUAUUAGCUAAAACUGCAGUAUAUCCACUUGAUCUUAGCAGGAAAAGAUUACAAAUACAAGGAUUUCAACAUGCUAGAAGAGAUUUUGGUAGUUCUUUUUAUUGUACAGGAUUUUUAGACUGUUUGAGACAAACAGUUAAAGUAGAAGGUCUAAGGGGAUUAUUCAAAGGUCUUGCACCAAGUCAGUUAAAAGCUGCAGCAACAGCAGCAUUACAUUUCACCACAUAUGAACAGAGUUUAAUGUUAAUAAAAGCAGUAAGAAAAUCGUAUGGUUAAAAAAAGAUAAUGAUAUAAGAUGCUGUUUAAUAAUUAUUAUACUUUUAGUCAUUUAUAAUAAUUCUACUAUAAUUUACAUUGUUUUAUAAGUGUUAUAUUGUAUAUUUUUUAAAGUUACUCAAAUUGGAAUCUCAAAGAAUAUAACCUUGAACAAAUUUUUCUGUCUGUCAUAGUAUUUGCCCCUCUAAAUCAACUAAUAUUUUGAAUUGAGAGAAAAAAAUAAUACGUGUGAUAUAUUAUACAAUUGCCUUUAUUAAAAAAAACUAUUCUUAAACCAA